CUGUGACCGAUCCCAUCGGCGCAAUUUCUAUUUCACGCUUUCUCGAACGAUUACACGCGAAAUAAAUGAUCACCCCAACCCCGAUUUCCUCCUUAAGUAUAAUUUAUGUCUCGGUAAACGGUCGUCAUUAUCGAUUUCUCGAUCGGACGUUUCUGAUUUUGGGAGCGAGAUUCCGAUCGCCUACACGCUGGCACGCGAUCGGAUCUGUAGGUCAAGUUUAACAUUCCUUCGAGCCGCGUUCCAUAAGCAUACGACCCAAGGCGGCGUUUAACUUGCUGCCCACGCGUUGUGAAACAACAAACACGCGCGUUACAGAAAUGUCACGCUCGCCGUGAACGCGGAACCGUUCUCUCCUUCUCGCGGGUUAUCAGCCACCGUGGAUCGCGCUUCCAUUCGUAUCAGUUUCUUUAUAGAACAGGACGGAGUCGCCUAAUGUCGAAGAGAAAGCACCUACCCAUUCAGCUGUGGGAUAAUCCGACCUGUAACACUUACACGUGAGAAACUAUAGCGGGAUCCGCGUUAUGCCCAUUUGUCAACCGAAAGUAGAAACGCGACUUUUAACAAAGAACGGAGAAUAUAAACAAAUAAUAUCGUGUGUUAGAACGACGACCGACGCGCUGCGUCUAUCGAGAGACAGAACAGGGAUUUAAAUAAAGUGAAUUGGGAUAGUUAUCAAUUACACGGUUCGGAGCGAGGGCCAAAUUUCGCCGUUUAAUCGACCGGUGAGUCAGGAGCGGAACCGGGCCGUAUAAUUAACCGUUUUGGCAGGGAACUCGGUCGGGAGUUCUCAUUAAAGCUGGUACAUCCUAUCAAGGCUCUUCUCUCCCACGUUCACGCAUCGAUUUACAUUUUUACUUUAUUACACGCGCGAAACCAAUUGCGUAGAAAUCAGUCGCGCGUCCACCGCGCGAGGAAAACGUUCGACUACUCCGAUCACGACGAUUAACGAUUACGAACCGAUAAUGAGCCGACUCUCGUACUUCUACGAAAGGAGCUGUUACUUGUGCGAACGCAGCACCGUUUACCCGGAGUACCAUGCUCCCAAAAGAUCACAGCACAGAGUGAGAUUCACCGAACCGCUCAGAAUGCUGAGAUCAGCCUCGCCUCACUACGGCAGCAGAGGAUCCGAGCCUCGAGUGAUCCGUUUGACGGUGGAUCAGGAAGCCGUUCUCCAGGAGCAGUUCAACAGAUGGCCAAGGGCGCCUCAUACAGCGGAUAUCGUGUUACUGGCAGCUGAGACCGGCCUCUCCGAAGCCGACGUGGAGGCCUGGUACGCUAUCCGGUUGGCGCAGUGGAGGAAAGAGCAGGGCCUGGGCGGAAAUCUUGGUCUACAUUAACGUUGUAACUUGGACAACGUUGUGUUAACUGUGUACCUGAGAAUGCAACCCAUACAAGGGUUGCGCGUAUCGACCUGACAACGAUCUAUUCUAUUAUUAUCGAUUUCAGAUUGCUUUUUAUCGUAGCUACACGUCAGUUGUGCGUAGAUUUCAUUAACUUAGAGACCUACACGAGAUUAGGUCGAUCUACUUAUGCUAAUUCUCAUCGUUUUCCGACGGUACCAAAAAUCAGGAUCUUAGCAAGUUAACUGUGUGACAAAAAAAAAUCACGUGUAUUAGAGGGAAUCGUAGUUGUUUUUAACGUUUUUAUUAUUGUUUACCAGAAGUAGACGAAUAUUAAAAUAUUCGAGUAAAAAUAUAUCUGUCCGAGUGCCUCGAUGUUUAUUUAAUCGUAAGUUCGUCAUUGUAAAGAAGACAUUACCAGCGAGUAUUAAUCAUAGAUUAUAAUGAGACCUGACCGCAGGUUUCAGAAAAAAUUACAUAUUAGUUCUAACGUAUCGGGUACCUUAUGUAUAUUUCUCGACGCUUUCACAUAGUUUUACUAACGUCCUACACGAUUGUACAAAAAAACACGAAUCGAAAUGGGAAUUUCUGUAUAACCCAGUUACUUAUAUAAAUAAAUGUUACGCGAAUAUCGCGCGCAAGUA